AUCUGCAACUACUACAGUCUGCUGGAGAAGGACUACUUUGGCAUCCGUUAUGUGGACCCAGAGAAGCAGCGGCUUAUCCACCAUACACCAUGUGCUUUAGAGUGAAAUUCUACCCACACGAACCCCUGAAGAUUAAAGAAGAGCUCACAAGGUACCUUUUGUACCUGCAAAUUAAAAGAGAUAUUUUCCACGGCCGACUGCUCUGCUCCUUCUCAGAUGCUGCCUACCUGGGUGCCUGUGUCGUUCAAGCUGAGCUCGGUGAUUACGAUCCUGAUGAGCAUCCUGAGAAUUACAUCAGUGAGUUUGAGAUUUUCCCUAAGCAGUCACAGAAGCUGGAAAGAAAAAUAGCAGAAAUCCACAGGAGCGAACUCAGAGGCCAGAGCCCACCGGUUGCUGAAUUUAACUUGCUCCUGAAAGCUCACACUUUGGAAACCUAUGGGGUGGAUCCCCACCCAUGCAAGGAUUCAACAGGCACAACAACAUUUUUGGGGUUCACUUCUGCAGGCUUUGUGGUAUUCCAGGGAAAUAAGAGGAUCCAUUUGAUAAAAUGGCCUGAUGUCUGCAAAUUGAAGUUUGAAGGGAAGACAUUUUAUGUGAUUGGCACCCAGAAGGAGAAAAAAGCCAUGUUGGCAUUUCAUACUUCAACACCAGCUGCCUGCAAACAUCUUUGGAAGUGUGGGGUGGAGAACCAGGCCUUUUAUAAGUAUGCCAAGUCCAGUCAGAUCAAGACUGUGUCAAGCAGCAAGAUCUUUUUCAAAGGAAGCAGAUUCCGAUAUAGCGGUAAGGUUGCCAAAGAGGUGGUGGAGGCGAGCUCCAAAAUCCAGAGGGAGCCUCCGGAGGUGCACAGAGCCAACAUUACCCAGAGCCGCAGUUCCCACUCCUUGAACAAACAGCUCAUCAUUAAUAUGGAGCCCCUGCAGCCCCUGCUGCCUUGCCCCAGUGAGCAGGACGAGGACCUUCCCCUGGGAGAGGGUAUUCCUUUGCCCAAAGAAGAUGCCAUUUCUGCCCCCUUGAUCUCCAGCUCACCUGUGAAGGAAGCCCAGGAAUAUGAGGAUCCCCCAAGCGAAGAGGAAGAUAAAAUGAAAGAAGAGCCUUUGACUAUCUCUGAACUGGCAUACAACCCAAGUGCCAGCCUGCUCCCCACCCCAGUUGAUGAUGAUGAGAUUGACAUGCUCUUUGACUGUCCAUCUAGGCAUGAGUUGGAAAGAGAAGACACGGAUUCGUUUGAGGAACUAGAAGCAGAUGAAAAUGCUUUUUUGAUGGCUGAAGAAGAGGAGCUGAAGGAGGCUCACCGAGCUUUGUCGUGGAGCUAUGACAUUCUGAGAGGCCAUAUUCGGGUGAACCCACUGGUCAAGAGUUUUUCCAGGCUCCUUGUGGUGGGCCUGGGGCUGCUGCUCUUUGUAUUCCCCCUGCUCCUCCUCCUUUUGGAGUCAGGUAUUGAUCUCUCCUUCUUAUGUGAAAUCCGCCAGACGCCAGAGUUUGAGCAGUUUCACUAUGAAUAUUACUGUCCUCUCAAGGAGUGGGUGGCUGGCAAAGUAAACCUCAUUCUCUACAUGCUGGGUUGCUCAUAAAGCACAUAUUUCACAUGACUAAGGGCUAUAUUCAAUACUAGUGAUGUGUUUGUUUCAGCAAAUGCCUGGUUCUGAAUGGUCAUGGAGCCGUCAACAGGUGUUCCUUACUCAAAACCAAUUAUUAAAACCUUUAAGUUAGCUUUCCAUAAUUCACUGCACUUAAAUAAGUUUAAAUCAAAUACAGUCAUUUUAGUUAUAGGUCGGGAAGCUGGCCUUUAAAUAAUCAAAAAUGUUUUUUUUUUAUUAUAUCACAGGUAUACUCUUUAUCUCUUAUAUCAUAAUACAUUGAGCUGAAUUAGAUUUCCCCUUUUUAAUAGUUAGCAUCAUUAUAAGCUAUAAGGUUCAGAAUCAGAAUUUUAGUAAAAAUCCAAGAGAAAGUUUUUGAAUAUAAUCCUUAGUGAAAAUAAUGUCCUCCAACCAAUGCCUAUACAACUAAAUUUAUGCUGAGUUUUUGUUUUUUUAAAAUAUUUUUAUGUGUUCAGACUAUUUUGGUAAAUUUUUAGCAAAAGAAGCCUCCUGGAGUUAUUUAAUUGUACAGAUUGUAAAACUAAUGCACAAAGGGUAUGUUGGGAAUUUUUUAACGUUUUGGCACUGGUUUUUUUUAAAAAAUAUUUUUGGCUGAAAAAUCCCAUAAUUUGUUGUUAGCUGCAAAUGAGAUAUAAGAUAGCAAAUAGGUAGAAAGACUAUAGUAAGCUCCCAAAACAAAUGAUGGAACUGGAGGAUGUAGACACUGAGCAUCAAGUGGACACAGGAUGGUCCAUGUUUCAAAGUAUUUGGACAAGAUGACUUGUUACUUUCAUGUGCAUUCUGUCCAUACAUUUUGGCUAGAGAAGCAGAACACUUAAAAGAAAGUGCAACUUUAAAGGAAAAACGUGAAAAGAUAUGCCAAUUAAUUGCAUGCUAUUGUACAUUUACUCAAGUGUGGAAGCAGAUGGGAACUGGUCAAAUGGCAAGUAGCAAAAGUUUUGGUGAGGCUGGUAGGAAAAGGAUUGAUUUUAUGGAAGGGAUGGUGAUACAAGGUAUUGGGUGAUGUAAAGAACAGCAUACGUGCUGUCCAAGUUGACGUGGAUCUAAAUAAAAGUGGAGAAACUUGAAGGCACAUUUUUGGUACCUCAUGCCAUUCAUUGUGUUUCCGUAGAAGGAACUUCAAAAGAAGUGUAUGUAUGAGAGAUGGUGGGGGGAGAGAGUGAAUUUUGGCUUUUUGAUAAAUGCUGAUGACUUUUGUGUGGUACUUAUUAUAUUCCUUUCCUGGUCUCCUUAA